CAAGCUUGUACAUGUGUCCGAUGUCUGUAUGUACAUAUCCUUCGAGGCUCAGAAACCACAAGUCGAUGCACUUGGCAGAGGUAUAAAGUGCGGGGGUUGGGCUAGCUUCAAUCCCCCAUCUUGCUGGUCGAGUUUUCAUUGCCUUACGCAGUCGGGUGAAAAAAAAGAGAAACUCCAUCUCCGUCUGGUUGUAUUCGCCACUCCCUCGACCAUAUCAUUUCCCUCCCUAUCUUCUUUUACAUUGUCUAGCGCUUGCUAUGUAUUUCAAGGAUUUUAUAGCCAUAUAUUUAUCCCUCGGGAUCGUCAUCAGUGCUCUGGGUGCUCCGGUCGAGACCACUAUGCUGAUGGAAGCUCGCUCCGGCAGUGCAGCAGCCAGUGAAAUCGAUUCUCAAAAAUUGGAUGGUGCCACUGUUCGCUGGGACGAGCGUCGUGAGAUGGAGUCACGCUCUCCUAGCCUUGGUACAAAUUCCAUUGACCCUCGGAAAUUGCCCUCCCUGUCCCCCUACAACACUCCUCAUAAUGUUGAUCAAACACCCACUGUGAGGCCCACUCGGUCUGUAUUCCGUGUCUCGUUCGAAGAAGGAACACAGGAAGCGCAACUUGGGGGCAUUAUGAUCGCACAGCGUGCCCAUAGUUUUGUGGAGACUGCCGCAGAUCAGUGGCGGCUAGGAGAUAUAACAAUACGUACCGAACACUAUCCAAAUGUCCCCUCGGACUGGGAUCGUGCAACAAUCGAAGCUAAAGAGUUCAAAUUCAAGGUGGUAGGUGGUCCUUGCGGGGAGACGGGGGCGGGAUGCGAAGGAAAAAUUCACCUUGGGGGAGUGUCAGAGCUGAGGGAUAUCCAUGGUGACGUCGUUCCCACUUGAUCGCUGAGGGCGUCCCGAGUUCGAAGACUUCAGAUUGUAUGUAGUCCACACUGGUGUAUAGUCACAAUAUGGUAGUAGCACAGAGUAUACAGUGUUCUGUGGAG